GGAAAGUUUCACAACAACCAAAAAGAACUAGAUCCGGACCGAGUCCACAGGACCGGAAGGACCAGAACCAGAUUGACAGACGUGUCUCUUCUGACAGACAAUCAACUUCCAACGGGACGUCCCAAAAUGGAAGACAGCGGAGGGUCAGAAAUGAAAAAACUUGAAGGAGAAGACAUAGCUCAAAUGUCCACCAUAAUAGACCAGCGUACAAUGCAGUGUCCCUGGGACAAAAAAGCUGCAGCACAGACAUGUGGACAGGCAGUUACAGGUGACACAAUGAGUUUGAGAUCUGAUUUUUCUCACAGUGAGGUGUCUAGUUGGACAGAAAGUGAGCGAGAGCUGAAGGCAGAACAGGGAAUGAAAGGGGGAGCGGUGGAAAAGGGGGUGGGGCUUGCAGGUGAAGGAAUAGAACACCCUAGAAAAGAGGAGGAGGAAGCUGUAGAGAACUACCUGCCAGAGAAAGCAGCUCAGGUGUUUGGUCCUGCUGCAGCUAUAAUUCCAUCCCCCUCUUCACCUAAAGACACUGAGACAUUCAUGGAACUGGAGUCAGAAAGGAGUCCUUUUCUGGGUUCUCAAGAAGUGAACUACAACCAACAUGGCUACCAGUUUGAGUUUACAGAGGAUGCACCCCCUGCUCGGUGUGUUUGGGGAUGUCCAGGUAGAGAUGCACUGAAGAUAGGUGUGUCCUUGAUAACAUCAGCACUCCUCUUCCCCUUUCUGGUGUGGGGAGGGUUUGUCUUCCUGCCGUUUGACGCCCCUUUAAUGGAAGGAGCCCCUCUCAGGCUGGUCUACACAUUGCGCUGCUCCGUGUUUGCUGCUGCCCCCAUCGUCCUUGGUUGGCUAGUCCUGGGUGUAAGUCGGCUCCGGUCAGGAGCAAUUCGUCCUUUCUCUGUAGAGGAUAUGAAAGAGGCUGAGCUCCAAGAAGUUGUUGUCCAUCAACGUUUUAUCUCUGACUCCACCUCCCUGUUCCUGAUCUACUUCUUGCAACUAGCUGUCAUGGCGAUGUACCUGACCCAGGAGCAGCUGAAGCUUGUCCCGCUGCUGACCAUCGUUUUUGCUUUCGGACGGUUGGCCUACUGGGUGGCAGCAGCGUUCGGCAGCAGCGUUCGUGGUUUCGGCUUCGGUCUCUCAUUCCUGCCGAGCAUCAUCAUGAUGGCCGCUAAUUUUUACUUCAUCUUCAGCGUAGAGGCAGCGGGCUCCAUCUUCAGCCUCCCACCUCCUCCUGAGGAGGUGCUGACUCCUCCUGCUGGCAGACAGAGGUUCUGGGGCUGACUCCACCUGAGGAGGUGCUGACUCCUGCUGAUCAGUAAAUCAAGUUAUCAAACUGUAAAUUCAUUAUUUUUCUUUUUGUUGGGUCUUCAGGUGUAUUUAAAGAAUGAAAAGUUGUAGAGAAGAUCAGAACCUCGUCUGUCUUUUAGAUGUAUAUUUUUCAUAAAAGUAAAACAUAGGUCUUAUUUUAAAGUUAUUAAACGUUUCCCAACUCGACACAUUUUAUGUUGUAAAAUAAAUUUGAUGACUGGUGACUGAUUUUAUUUGUAAACUUGACAAAUUUAUAAUAAAACUGUUA